CAGUGCAAACACAGAGCUUCUAGAGUGCGGUUGUGUUCUCCAUUUUUACGACUGUUCUUCAAGGUUUAACGACAUAUCAUCGGAACACGAUUGUGCAUCUUUGUCCUGCGCAUAUUGUACAACGAGAAAUGCAUAUUUUAAAACGAUUACUACCGCUUGGCUUUACGGUAUUCCGAAAUUGUUCAGUUGCAGCAACAACCAUGAGCAGAAACGGCAAUUACAAGGACGCGACAUCGAUUUACGAUUUCACUGUUAAAAACAUUAAAGACGAAGACGUCCCUCUGUCCAAAUACGAGGGGCACGUUUGUUUAAUCGUAAACGUGGCGUCAAAAUGCGGCCUCACACCGACAAACUACAAGGAAUUGAACGAACUGUUUCAUGAAUAUGGAGAGUCCAAAGGUUUAAAAAUUUUGGCUUUCCCCUGCAAUCAGUUCAACGGUCAAGAACCAGGAACCAGCAGCGACAUAUGUAGCUUCGCCGAUCGACACAAUGUUAAAUUCGAUUUGUUCGCAAAAAUUGACGUGAACGGAGACAACGCGGAUCCUCUCUGGAAAUAUCUGAAGAAAGAGCAAGGAGGAAUUCUGGGUAGUUUUAUAAAAUGGAACUUCACCAAGUUCAUCGUGAACAAAGAGGGCAAAGUGGUGGAACGUCACGGGCCGAACGUCGAGCCCAGUAAAUUGAAGCAACAUCUUGAGAAGUACUUCUAAACGUUGUUUCCCUUCUCGCUAUACUUUUCAACGUAUAUCAAAAAUUUGCACUAUCUAGUACAUUUUGCGAUCAAAUAUAUGUUACAAUUGCUAUAAAACACGCGAGAAGCGCAUCAAAAUAUAACGUGUCACCGCGUAAAUGUAUAUGUGUUAGACUGAUAAAGUUUCUUCUUUUUUUUUUUUAUUAGAACUUAUUUACGCAUUACAAUUGUGCAUUUUCUAUUCAUUUCCCUUCGAGCAAACACAUCAUCGAACAAAUAGAUAUACCAGAGAAACAAAAAACUGUACCUGCGUGGAAGAUAAUAAAAAGGCUGUAUUUCAUAACA